AUGAUAAGAAACAUACCGAUUAUAUUGAAGGAAUGGUCACCAAGUAUCGCGGUUGAAAAAGAGGAUAUCACAACGGUUCCGGUUUGGGUCAAAAUGCACGAUGUACCAUUAGAGGCGUUUACAGAGGAUGGGCUCAGUCUUUUAGCGUCAAAGAUUGGAACUCCGAAGAUGUUGGACUCUUAUAUGGCUACUAUGUGUACGGAGUCAUGGGGACGAAGCAGUUUUGCGAGAGCAUUGAUAGAUGUCCACGCUACUAUGGAAUUGAAGAAGAGUAUCACUAUGGCUAUCCCAUCGCUAGAUGGGAAGGGAUUUACUAAAGCAGAGAUAAAAGUGGAGUAUGAUUGGGUUCCAUUAAGGUGUCAUACAUGCUGUGUAUUUGGGCAUGAUGGCAACUCUUGUCCAAAGAUACCGAAACCUGUUGAGGCGGUUGGAAAAAGCAGAAGGUUAUGUCGGCCAGUAAUUAAGCAAAAACCCAAAACAGAUGGUAAGGUGUUGAACGAGAAUCCGGUCCUAACUUCAAACCCGUUUGAUGUAUUGAGUGAUGAUGCUGAGCUGGAGCGACAAAAGGUCUCGUCUAAAGCUGAAACAAGUGGAGUAGAAAAGCAGAAUGCGAUAAAACGUAAGCAGAAUCAGAACAAAAGCUCGUCUAGGGAGGAAGUGAUUGUGGAUACAGUAGGAGUUGAUGAUUUAAUAAAUGAUAUCCCGAAGUUCGUUGAAAACAAGAAGGGGAACCAAGGCUCUAAGGGUGCAAGCACACCCGGUAAAGACGGUGUCCAUGGGUAG